CCUUCUCAAAGACUCUCCAAAUGGUGCUUGUGUCGGAAGGCCCAAAAAUCGCAGUAGAGAAAAGACCUCUUCAUGAGAAAGUUCUAUCCUCUAUGCUGCAAAUCAUAGACCGAACUCCUGACAGAGUCGCCUUUAUAACAGCAGAAAAUCCCGACAUUCGCAUUACAUUCAAAGAAGUUUAUGGCCAAGCUUACAGUGUUGCCAGUUUUCUGGUAAAGAGAGGACAUGGACAUCUAGAUGUGUGUUGUCAAGUGAUGCCCAACUGCAUCGAGUAUGCUGUUUUCUAUUUGGGGGCACUGCUGUGUGGAGGAGUAAUGUCCGCGGCCAGUGCGAUGUUCACUGACUACGAACUUGAAAGGCAGUUUGUUGAUUCGCACUGCAAGGUUAUUAUCACUGAUGAACCCCAUCUGAACAAAGUUCUUCUUGCCAGCAAAAGAUGUCCGGAAGUAAAGACAGUCAUAUGCACCCGAACACAACAGUCGUCGGGUGCUCUUCCGAAAGGUGUCAUAGCAUGGGAUGAGGUGAUCGCAACGCCGGUUUCAUCCCUUCCCAAAUACGAAUACAGUCCAGACGACAUGGCUCUGCUUCCAUAUUCGAGUGGUACCACAGGAUCUCCUAAGGGUGUUAUCCUGACCCAUAGCAGCUUCGCAACUAUGUUGGAUGUAAUUAAUCGACAUUUCGAUGAUCAUGUAGUUCCAAAACUUGGCGACUCAGAUUGGGACUACCAUAAUGAGCAUGUGCUGUUGGUAUUGCCGUUCUAUCAUAUUUAUGGUUUUGGGCUCAUGAACAUAACGCUGAUCAAGGGAACUACUGCAGUUAUUUUCUCCAAGUUUGAACCCACGCUCUUUUUGGACUCCAUACAAAGAUAUCGGCCGAAAAUGCUUAUGCUUGUCCCUCCGAUAUUGCUGUUUCUAACAAAACAUCCGUCUACAUCCGACUAUGACCUCACUUCCCUCCAAAUGAUCCUCACUGGAGCUGCUCCUGCUGGAAAAGACCUCUGCGAUGAGUUUCUGAAUAAACACAAGCACGUACGAUAUUUGGCGCAAGCAUAUGGAAUGACAGAAUGCAGUAUGGCCACACAUCUGCCUAUGUUAGAUUCUCGAAGUAGCUACGACAAUGUCGGCAAACUCGUUGCCACGUUCGAACAAAAGAUAAUCUCGACAAGCUCUGGUGAAGAAGUGCCAAUGGGAGAGAGGGGUGAGAUUUGCGUUCGUGGGCCAACCGUCAUGAAAGGCUACCUGAAUCGCUCCGACGCUACUGCCGAGACGAUUGAUGCUGACUGCUGGUUGCAUACAGGUGACAUCGGUUACGUAGACGAAAAGGGCCAUUUAUUUAUUGUCGACCGCCUGAAGGAACUCAUCAAAGUGAAGGGACUGCAAGUCGCUCCAGCAGAACUAGAAGAUAUCCUUUUGUCGCACAAAGAAAUUAGCGAUGCCGCUGUCAUAGGAGUGCCUGACGAGAAAAGCGGGGAGAAGCCGCGUGCUUAUGUGGUCAGAGCGAACAAUGCUCUAAGUGAAGCAGACGUUAAGCGGUUCAUAGAAGAGAAGGUAUCAUCCUACAAAUUCCUCACUGGUGGUGUCAUCUUUGUUUCGGAGAUUCCCAAGUCGCCAUCCGGCAAAAUCCUUCGGCGUUACCUACGAGACCAAGCUGCCAAAGAGCUGUCUUCAAAAUUGUAG